UAAGGUUCUAACGAUUUGGCCAAUUGUUUUUUGCAAGUCAUUGUGAAUCAAAAAAAAACAUAGGAUUAUUCCAAAAAAUAAAACUUAAAGAAAAACAAAAUUAAGAAAUGAUAACAAAAAACUUGUUAUUGAAACAACCUCAUAAUUUGUUCAUAUGGCGGCAGAUUCACAACAAAUACUCUAGCAGUGUGGUUAAUGUUAAGCAUGAAGCAUCAUCUUCUGAUUCCACAGAGAUAUUGCAAAGAGAAUGGGAUCAGGCCCGCCCUUACAAAUCAUUGCCGGGUCCAACGAAAUUUGAAAUGUUUCGAGGUUUUAUGAAAGGUGGUGAUUUUCAUGGGAAACCUUUCGAUCAGGUAAUACGUAUGUGUCGUCAGAGGUAUGGGGAUAUCUAUCUGCUACCCGGACUCUUUGGCAUGAGCACAAAUUUGGUAACCUUCAAUCUUGAGGAUCAUGAGAAAGUAUUUCGCACAGAGGGUCCAAAUCCUUUGCGCCCGGGCAUGGAGGCUGUAGAAUUUUAUCGUUUGUCACGGAAAAAUAGCAUAUAUAGUGAAGACUAUUUGGGUGUAGCGGGAAAUGGUAAACAAUGGAGCAAAUUUCGUCAUAUGGUUAAUCCAAUACUAAUGCAACCCAGAAGCAUGCCGCUUUAUAUAGACCCCAUGCAAAAGGUUAAUGCCAAGUUUAUUCAAAGAAUCCAUGAACUUCGUGAUCCUGUGAGCUUUGAAGUGCCCAGCAAUUUUUUGACCCAAAUCAAUUGUUUGUCAUUGGAGUCAUUGGCCCACAUAGCCCUGGACAAAGAGAUGGGUCUGUUAAGCGAUAACUCCCAGGUUCCCGAGGCCCGGGAAAUGUUCAAACAUUUAUUCUCCUUUGGUGAUUCAUUCUAUGAUUUGGGGGUACAACCCACCAUCUACAAAUAUGUGAAAACUCCAGCCUAUAAACGCUUUGAGAGAGCCAUGGAUGUGGUAUAUGAGAUUUGUACCAAAUAUGUUAUGGAGACAGUGCAGCGACUGGAGAGAAAUGACUUCUCUGGUGAGGACAAAAGUAUUUUGGAGAAAUUAUUAAAAAUCGAUAGAAAAAUGGCCAUUAUUACUGCCAUUGAUUUGUUGAUGGGUGGUGUGGAGAUUACCUCCACCGUAUUGGCUGCUGUAUUUCUAUGCAUAUCCAAAAAUCCCGAAAAGCAGGACAAAUUGCGUCAAGAGAUACUAAGUAACAUAGGCAAAACUCAACCAUUCACACUAGAGAACAUGAAAAAUUUGCCCUAUCUCAGGGCCUGCAUAAAGGAGGCCCUGCGCAUUUAUCCUGUAAUGUUUGGCAAUAUACGUAUAACGGGCAGAGAUUUAAGUUUAAGUGGUUAUCAAAUACCCAAGGGCACCAAUGCCUUUAUGGCCUCCAAUAUGUUGCUGCAUGAUGAUCGAUAUUUCCCUAGACCUUUGGAAUAUAUUCCGGAGCGUUGGUUACGCUCCACCGAUGGCCAAAUGGAUGAACUCUGCGUGAAGAAUAAUAGUCCUUUUAUAUUUUUGCCUUUUGGUUUUGGUCCUCGUUCGUGUUUGGGUAAACGCAUAGUGGAUAUGGAAAUGGAAAUGACUUUGGCCAACGUGGUGCGUAAUUUUAAAAUGGAGUAUAAUUAUUCGACGGAUAAUGCCUUUAGGACUUACUUCAUGAAUACCUGCAUUAUACCGUUGAAUUUUAAGUUUACCGAUUUGGAAGGAUUUGAAUAA